CAGUUAGCGGCAGAUUUUUGAACUGUAAAUGGUUGCUUCACUUGGUUAUAAGAAUAAAUAGUCAUACACAAGUGACCUUAAAGUUGAUGCAGUGAUAUCCCAUCUAGCUGUUCAUCUGACUUUCCUUAUCUAUUCGAGGAUUUUUUAUAAAAGGAAAGUACUUUUCAAUCUUAGGGAUGUUUAAUGUAUGGAAUCGUGAAUCAAGAUUCAAGAGGCUACAAUAACGUCAUUAAUAGUUUCGUGAGGCAGGUCAGGAAGAUGAUGUAUAUUACAUUCGUCGUGUUGGCCACAAUUCACAGCAUACUCUGUUUAGAUCCUCAUCGUGUCAUUCAUCAAGUUGAAAAUGGAACCACCUGUAACGAUCCCGGUAUUCCUCAACAUGCUCAAAGAGAAGAGAAAAUGUCCAAGUUUAAUGUUGGAAUGACCAUAAGCUUUCAUUGUGAUGAAAAAUAUACAUUGAUUGGUGAACGCAAUCGAACCUGUCUGCCUAAUGGUACUUGGUCCAACAGCCAACCAUUUUGCAAAAAAUAUAUGUGUGAUAAAAAUGACGUUUUGCACCCACGAAAUGGGAAAAGAAUUGGAAACGAUUUCACGAUAGGCAGUGAAAUAAAAUUUAGAUGUUCCUCUUUGUAUACUUUAAUUGGAUCAAAUGUUAUCACUUGUCUUUUCAAUGGAACUUGGUCAAAUAAAGCACCGAAAUGCAAACACCGUUGUCAACAAAAACAAUGUGAUAUUGGCAUGAUCUGCAAGAUCAGAAAUCAUCAAGCAGUGUGUUUAUGUCGUCAAGACCAUGAAUGCUCUUCAAUAUGGAGUCCUGUUUGUGGUAAUGAUGGAAAAACAUAUAACAACAAGUGCUUAAUGAAAGCAAGUGGCUGUAGAUCUGGUAGACAACUUCGCGUCGUAGCUAACACUGGCUGUUUACCUGGUGACAGAUGUAAUAUUAUUCCUGUAAGCAACUGUCGAGCAGCAUUUGACGUCUUCUAUUACAACGUAAAAACUGGAAAUUGUCAAAACAUGAUUGCCGGAGGUUGUCAUCCCAGUGGAUGGAAUGGAUUCAAUCAUAAAACCGAUUGUACGAAUUAUUGCAAAAAAGAUGUUUGCGCACUCCCUCCCGACCGUGGACCCUGUGAUGGAAACAUAAAGCGAUUGUAUUUUGACUCAGAAAAAAAGUCUUGUCAAAUUUUUGAGUAUGGUGGUUGUUUUGGAAAUGCAAAUAAUUUCCAAUCUUUCCAGGACUGUAAGAAAAGAUGUGCUUGAAACAAGAUAAUCUUUAUUAGUAUUUUAAUAAUUUUUCACACUGUUUUUAACUAUGCAUAGAUUAAAUGAAUAUACUCUGAAGAUUAUGAAGGUCAUUUAAAACAAAAA